AUGGAUUCCAUUCUUCCUGACAUAUCAGUUGCUCCCGCUGCUGAUCAGCAUAUUCUUCACGAUGGAAAAGAAUAUACUACAGUCAAGGAAGGUCUUGCACAUAUUUUGAUACCCGCAGAAGGUUCUAAAGUACCACAGACGACUCCUAAAGGUCAAAAUCAAGUACAGUCUGUUUUUUACAACCCAAUUCAACAAUUCAAUCGAGAUUUGAGCGUCCUGGCCAUCAAAGCAUACGGAGAAAGCAUCUUGGAAAAGAAGAAGAAAAUAAUCGAACGCGACAGACAAAAGAAUGCUGCUAAGAAGGAGAAGAAAAGAAAGAGGGCUGCUGAGGAAGGACAUGAUGGGCCGAGGAAGGCUGGCAAACUCGAGAAUGCAGGAGAGACCGUGGAACUUCCAAUAGCCGUCGCAAAACACGAGAAUAACAGUAACGACAUGGAGACAGAGACUAAAGAAGACGCAUCAAAUGGUCAAAGUGAAGGAACAAAAUCCACUGCCCCAGCGGCCAACGGCAACUCACACAAUGAUGUAGCAACUGAGACAGCUGAAGGACCUGAAACCAAAAAUGAAAAAGAAGUCACAAAACCCACGAAUCCAAUCAAUCCGAGGUUCCAAAUCCUCGAUGCCUUAUCUGCGACUGGACUUAGAGCUCUCAGAUAUGCCCAGGAAAUUCCUUUUGCGACAUCGGUCACUGCGAAUGAUCUUUUGCCCGCAGCCACGAAAACGAUCGAACUCAAUGUGAAGCAUAAUAAGCUGGAAAACAAGAUCAAAGCUGUGACCGGUAACGCACUGACACACAUGUAUAGUCUUGUAGGUGAUGAUUGUAAAGAUGGAAGUGGCAGCCGAAAAUACGAUGUAAUCGAUUUAGAUCCUUAUGGCACAGCAGCUCCGUUUUUGGAUGCAGCGGUACAAGCAGUCAGAGAUGACGGAGGGCUUUUGUGUGUUACUUGUACUGAUGCCGGUGUAUGGGCUUCAAAUGGGUAUCCUGAAAAGGCAUAUUCUCUCUACGGGGGAACUACAGUCAAGGGUCAGCAUAGCCAUGAGGGUGGUUUAAGACUUAUUUUGCAUUCGAUUGCUACAUCCGCCGCUCGAUACGGUCUCGCAAUGGAACCACUCCUUUCUCUUUCGAUCGAUUUUUACGCCCGAGUAUUUGUUAGAAUAUACAAAUCUCCUUCCGAUGUCAAAUUUUUGGCAGGCAAAACUAUGAUGGUUUAUAAUUGUGAUACUGGUUGUGGGGCAUGGACGACUCAAAUGGUCGGAAAGAACAAACUUGCACCCAAUAAAAAUGGCAAUGGCCAUUUCUGGAAACACGUCUACUCCAUGGGACCAUCAGCAAGUGAAAACUGCGCUCACUGUGGUAUGAGAACUCACCUCGCUGGACCUAUGUACGGUGGUCCGCUUCAUCAAGCCGAAUUCGUCCAGAGAAUUCUAGACGGUCUGCCCAACGUUUCCAAAGAUACAUAUCACACAACAGCUAGGAUAGAAGGUAUGCUCACAUUGGCCCUCGAAGAAAAUUUGCCUUCUUUAGAAGACAUGUCGGACUCCCCAACUGCCUCAUCAAAGACUGGCAAAAAUGAUCCUGCAGCCAUUGACCACUAUCCGUUCUUCUUUAUACCAUCAAUGCUCGCCAAGGUAAUUCAUUGUGUGACUCCCCAUGAGAAUGCACUCCGAGGAGCUUUACGACAUCUCGGUUAUAGAGUUACUAGAAGUCAUACGAAGGGUGGUAGUAUCAAAACCGAUGCUCCUUGGGAUGUUAUUUGGGAGAUCAUGAGAGAGUGGGCGCGACAGAAGUUCCCGCCAAAAGAGGGUGUUAUCAAGAAGAAUACCGCUGGCUGGUAUAUAAUGGGCUUAGACAAAAAGGCUCCGAUGACACAGGAGGGAACUAUCAAGGAUGAGGCUAGUAGUGGUGAUGCCGACGAGAAAGAUAAGCCGCCUACCGAGAAAAAGAAGCUUGAAGUAGUUUUUGACGAAAAGCUGGGAAUGGAGAAAGACACAAAAAAGAUAGUGAGAUACCAAGUCAACCCCCGGGAGAAUUGGGGCCCAAUGAACCGGGCCAGUGGCCACGCAUAA